AUGUCGAAGGAGAGUUCGCCGAGUCAUAAUGAUAGUGGGGGCUCUUCCUCUCUCACGCCGACUCAGAAUAAUCACCAUAUCCCGUCAAUAACGCAAAUUUCUAGACCAUUUUUCACUAGUCGGGAACUCUCAUAUCUUCAUAAUCAAACUAUACCAACUUCGUUGAAACUACAGUAUGGGUCAACAAAGACCCAGGUUUUCCAGUUUCUAAGUCAAGCUGUUAAAAUCUUAAAGUUCCCUAUUAGAGUGCUUGCUACAACCAUGAACUAUUAUCAGCGGUUUUACUUAUUUAACAAAUUCGAUGUUAAUGGUGUUUCACUAGCCAAUUCGCUGCUGCCGAACCAGUUUGAUGGCGAUCCUUAUACUAUUGCAAUAACCUGCUUGUUUUUAGCUAGCAAGAUUGAAGAUUGUGUCAAAAAAUUGAAAGAAAUACAACAAGUGUGUAAUAAGUUGAGGGACAUUGAUGAAACAAAACUGAUUGGCUCGGGUGGAGGAAUCCAAUAUAUCGAUUAUCAACGGAAAUAUAUCCUAAGCACCGAGUUCAAACUAUUACAGAUUAUCAAAUUUGAUUUCAAUUAUGGCAAUAAUCCAAGUUUCAGAAUCAACGUUGAUGAUAUAAUCAUCCAAUUUUGUAAGCAAAUGGAUAUCAAUUAUAAAAUUUCUAUAUUGAGUUGGCUCGUGAAUUGCGAUAUUAUUCAAACACCUUUGAGUUUGGUGGUUCCUCCUCAUUGUAUAGCAUUGGCUAUCAUUAUAAUAAGCUUGAAUCUAAAUCCAAAAGAAAUGAGUUUAUCUCAUAAGGCUAUGGCAAAUCUUGAUAAGGAGGAGGAAACACUCAAAGUCAAGAAAAUCUUAGAUUCUAUUGAUUGUAGUGAUUUCAACUGUCCCGAAGUCCUUGUUAACGAAGCCAUCAUUUAUAUUUUGGACUAUUACACUCACCAAUAUGCCAACAGUACCUUGAGUAAAUAUCUACCAGAGACUGAUUCAAAAACAGGUAAAAACCAAACAUUCAAGAUUAUGGAUCUAAAACAAAGAUUCAACGAUGUGGAACUAUUAAAUGAAGCAAGCUGUACUACGGAGUUGAAUACAAGUGACGAGUAUUUUGAAAACUGGGACUACAAUAUCGCAUUGAAGGGGUCUGCUAGAUUCAUGUUGGGACACAAAAGAAGACGGUUUAAUACUGAGCGAAAACAACUUCGACAACAACAACAACAACAGCAGCAGCAGCAGCAGCGGCAACAAAAAGCAUAG